GCGCUCCGGUUGCGGUGCGCAGGGGUUUCUUGGCAUCUGUCUCCGCCAGGAUAGGCAGGAGCCGGGCCCGCCCGUGGGGUUCCCCGCAGCCGCCAGCGCCUAGGAGAAGGCACCAGCCCCGCUCCCGUGCAAUGAGCCUCCGAGCCCAUUUGCUGGUAGGUGGAAUGGGGCAGUCAUGAAUGGUGAUGCCCUUUGCCAAGAGUCUUCCUCCCAGCUUCCUGACUGGAGGGAAUUCUGUGAGCUCCAUGCCCAGGCUGCUGCGGUGGAUUUUGCUCAGAAGUUCUGCCAGUUCCUGAAGGAGAACCCCCAUUACGAUACCCCGGGGGCUGAAACCUCCUUCUCCCAUCACUUUGCUGCCAAUUUCUUGGACAUCUUCAGCUUGGAGGUCAGCAGGGUGUUUGUGUCCGACUCCCCAACCAAGUACAACAUAGUGCCCUUCGCGGGACUACAGAACUGCCACAUGCCUUAUGGCCGAGACAUCCUCCAGAGGAAAGAGGAGACCUCCACAGAAUCCCUGGACAGCAUGGACAACCCCGUGAACUCCAGCCGAUAUCUGAGCCAGUCCCAGCAGGCUCAGGCCCAUAAAGUUUCUUCCUACGGCCACUCUCGGAGUUCAGAGGACGUCUCUGUCCAUGCUACUUCCAAGCCGAAAUUCAAGAAAGGUUUCUCCUUGAGGAAUAUGAGCCUGUGCGUGGUGGAUGGCAUGAAGGAGAUGUGGCACAGGAAGUCCUCUCCGGAGCCAGGCAUGGAGGCCACGCAGGGUGGCAGGAGGUCAGAGAGAGAGCAGUGUCCCUCUGCGAACAAGGAACACAACGACCCAAGGGAGAGAUGGACUCACAAGCUACGGCUGUCAAAAGUCCAGUCUUCCAAGGUGGAACUUGUGGAUAUUCAGAGGGAAGGCACCCUCCGCUACAUGGUGGCAGAUGACACGAACUGUGUGGGUAGCUCUCAGUGGCAGAAGUGUCGGCUGAUGCUCAGGAAGGCUGUGAAGAUGGAGGGGGAGAGGUUCCUGCUGGAGUUUUAUGUGCCUCCAAAGGCUUCCAAACCUAAGGUCAGCAUCCCACUCUCAGCCAUCAUUGAGGUCCGGACGACCAUGCCUUUGGAGAUGCCGGACAAAGACAACACCUUCGUGCUGAAGGUGGAGAAUGGUGCUGAGUAUAUCCUGGAAACCAUUGACUCCCUCCAGAAACACUCCUGGGUGGCGGAUAUCCAGGACUGCAUAGACCCUGGGGACAGCGGAGAUGAUAUUGAACUUUCCUCCUGUGUGCAGGGAGCCUGCCUGCCAGGCAGGGUACCCUCCUGCAGCUGUGAAUUUGUGGCUGAUGGUGUGCAUAGGACUCCAGACAGAUGUUCUGUGCUUGCCACCCACACCACCACCCCAAUCGCUGCCACUGUCAUCUCAGCCCCACAUGGCAGGGCCAGGGACUCCUCAGGGGAACACCUGGCCCAUGUACCACUUGAAAACUUCCUGCAGACCCUGGAGUCAUCAGCCACCAGCAGUCAUUUAGCAGGGGAGGAAAGUGAAACAGAAGCAGAGAUCAACCUCUCAGAUUUCCCCUGGUUCCACGGGACACUGUCGCGGAUCAAAGCCGCCCAGCUGGUGCUCUUUGGUGGGGCCAGGAGUCAUGGUCUGUUUGUCAUUCGGCAGAGUGAAACUCGACCAGGCGAAUACGUGCUGACUUUUAACUUCCAGGGGAAAGCAAAGCACCUGCGGCUGUCCCUGAACGAGAAUGGACAGUGCCACGUGCAGCACCUCUGGUUCCAGACCAUCUUCGAUAUGUUGCGGCACUUCCACACCCACCCCAUCCCCCUGGAGUCCGGCGGCUCAGCUGACAUCACUCUCCGCAGCUAUGUCGUGGCGCAGGGCCCCUUCUCUGAUGCCAGCCCUGCUCCAGCUGUUGCCUCCCAACAGCCCAGCUGCAGAAGUGACCUCUUGUCCCAACACUACUUCUCCAGCUUUGUGCCAGGCCCUUUCCAGCCCACGUUGCCCAUGGAGGGGGCUGUCGCCUCUUCCUCCUCCACCAGCCACCCUCUGUACCACCGAAUGGAGGGGACCCUCAGUGCCCGGAGCCGCAGCAACAGCACCGAGCGCCUGCUGGAGUCGCCCAGCGUUAGCGUGGAUGACUAUCACGAGAGUGACGGCUCACGCAACAGGACCAGGGCGGUUGAGAACCAGUAUUCUUUCUACUGAGGGGUCACAGAGCGGAGGCCAGCCCUCUGUGUGGGGUGUCCUUGCCUACCGAUGCAGCCGUGGUUCAUGAGGAUGCUCGUGCCAUUGCUGAUGAGCCCUGGCUCCAAUCUCCGACCACCCCCCUUCCCCAGUGGAUGUUUACAUAUUGCCAUGGCCCAAAGCCUUGGGCUGUCCCACUCUCUUGUCAGCUCUCUGGUGUGCCCCUCACCUCCGCGUCCGAUUCACUGGUGCCAACUCCAUCCAUCACCAGCAAUGGACCUGGGCUGUCCUGUCUCCCCCUGGCAGCUUGGAGAAUGGUUUGAAUGAUGAGCAACUUGCCAGCCAGGAAAUCGCGUUGGGUAUGCCCAACCAAACACAUUCACAGCUCCCUAGAUCUGGCUCGUGCUCUGAACUCACAAGGCCAAAGACACCAGUGCCAUUAAGAAACCUGUUCAAGGGUCAGCAGUGCCCGCUCUCUGCCCUUGUCAGCUUGCAGUCGGUUCCCUUAACUCCUAUGAAGAUUCGCCUGCCGGUCUCUCCAUUGUCUGCUGUUGGAUCGGGACUCACUUCCCGCUCGGGUCUAGUAACAUGCAGUGGUUCUCCUGGAAUAGGAAUCCAUGGCUUUGAUUUAUGUCAUUCUUCCCUUAGCUGUGCAACAAUGAAAGCAUCUCCUGGCAUUUCCUUGAUGGAAAGGACUAGACGUUGCCAGUGUUGGAACGUAGUCAAGGUCACCUCAAACGGUUACUUCCCUUCAGGGAUAAUUACCUUGAGUUCUGCAAACAAGACACUGCAGGCUAGUAACGUUUUGCGGUGACCUUGUACAUGACAGACCUUGCCAAGGUAGUUUUGUUGCUAGUAUAGGGAACGUGCCCGCACACACACCCGUCAGAGAUGGAAAAGACCUGUCAGACUAUCUGGUCCCUCUCCAUUGCUAUUACAAGAUUGUUCGCAGGAAAUUUAGGGUUGUUUGUUCACUGGAGUCCCAAACCCGUGGGGAGAUUAUUCCAUAGCCUAAUGCAUCUGACUGUUAGAAAGUUUUUCCAGAUAGCCAGCCUAUAUUUUCCCUUUCUUCACUUUAUCCACCCUAAUGAUUCCUUUUCCUUCUUGGUUUUUAAAACCCUACAGCUGCUUGAGGGGUGGAAUAAAAUCCCCCUGCCUCCAUCACCUCUUAUCCAGCCUGUAUCUGGGGAGUUCUGUUAGUAUUUCCUUCUAAAGCCAUCUCCUCAGGCCCUGAUCAUUUGUGUUUAUGUUCUCUGAACUUCCCCCAGUUUAUUAAUGGUUUCUUGGUAAUAUAUGCACGUGUGUCUUAUGCAUAUUCUCUCUCUUCUUUUACGUGCAUGCUCUUUCUCUCUGACACACACAUACACCAACCUGAAAGUUCCUGGUUGAAUCCCAAUCAUGGUUAACCCCUGUGUGUUGCAUUGUCAUUGCUAAAAGGAACACAAUUGCAAAUGCACCUUUUGGCUAACAUGGCGAAUUCAGCCAGUUCCAUCCCCUAGAGACAGAGCUUUUAAAAUAUGACAUUGGCCCAGAUUUUCAAGUGGUCACACAUUUUUUGGGGGCUGCUUCAGUGUUUGGGUCCUCAGCUGGAGAUGCCUAGGGAACCUCAUUUUCAGGAGGGCCAGGCCCCCUCUACUCUGUUAGAAGUCAGUGAAAAUUUGGUUGGGUUCCCCAAAAUUAAGGCACUGAAAAAUCAGGGGCUACUUUUGAAACUAUUGGCCAUUAAACUUAACCGCCUAAGGAGAGCGAGCUGGAGAAAAGAGAGGGCUAUUUCUUGCUGUGUUCAUAGAUAAAAUAACUGAAGUGUUUGGUUGGUAUGCUUCUGGUUUUAAUUUAAAACAAAAAAUGUGUACUCAUGGCUGGAUGAAACUCCCUGUGGGCAGACAGCCAGCACUUAAAGCCAGGUCUAUACAUGAAUUUAAUGUUGAUAUAAUUAUGUCAGUUGGUGGGCUGGGACCUGGUGUGCGUAUUUUUAUUUAAACUGAAAUUGUUGCACCAGUGCACGUCUAGUGUGCAUGUGUGGCAAAAUGGAUUGAGCACUGGACUGAGACUUAGCAGACCUGGGUUCUGUUCGCAGUUCUGUUAGCCUGCUGGGUGA